AUGGACUCAAGAACUUCACCGGAAAUCCCAGGUAUAAUUCAGCCUGCCAACGUCACGCAAGAUUUGAGGAUGAUGAUAUGCAAGCUGUUAAACUCACCAAAACCAGCCAAGACAUUCCCUGGAUCGCAACCAGUGUCGUUUCAGCAUUCAGACAUUGAUGAGAAGCUUUUUUCACAAGAUUACUACGUGUGUGAGAAGACUGAUGGUCUGAGAGCAUUGAUGCUGAUUUUGAUUAAUCCAGUGACAAGAGAGCAGGGCUGUUUUAUGAUCGACAGAGAGAAUAAUUACUAUCUUGUGAAUGGAUUCCGGUUUCCGAGACUUCCUCGCAAAGAUAAGAAGGAACUACUCGAAACACUCCAGGACGGUACGUUGAUUGACGGAGAACUGGUGAUCCAGACAAAUCCAAUGACAAAGGUAAAGGAACUGAGGUACUUGAUGUUUGAUUGUCUAGCAAUCAAUGGUAGGUGCAUCACGCCUUCACCUACGAGCUCGAGAUUGGCUCACUUGGGCAAGGAAUUCUUCAAACCGUACUACGAUUUAAGAUCACUGUUUGGUGACAAGUGCGUUACAUUUCCAUUCAAACUCUCUAUGAAGCAUAUGAACUUCGGUUACGACUUACUGAAAGUGGUCAAUAGCCUGGACAAACUACCACACCAAUCUGAUGGUCUGAUUUUUACGCCGGUAAAGGCGCCAUACACUAUAGGAGGUAAGGACUCUAAUCUGCUGAAGUGGAAGCCAGAGGAUGAAAACUCUGUUGAUUUUAAACUGAUUUUAAGAAUCCCCAUGGUGGAGGAUGAAUCGCUCCCUAAGAAGGAUCCUGAGAGAUGGUAUUACAACUACGAUGCGAAACCCAUAUUUGACUUGUACGUUUGGCAGGGUGGUGCAGACGUCAACUCAAAGCUUAAGAACUUUGACCGCCCUUUUAGCAAGAAAGAGCUUGAAAUACUACAAAGAACGUACAAAAAAUUUGCAGAGUUAGAUGUUAGCGAUGAAAAGUGGCAAGAGUUAAAGAGUCUGGAAGAGCCACUUAACGGCAGAACUGUAGAAUGCUAUAAAGAUCAGGAGACCGGGGCAUGGAAGAUGCUCCGAUUUAGGGACGACAAACUGAAUGGUAAUCACACUUCCGUCGUGCAGAAAGUGCUGGAAAGUAUAAGCGAUUCAGUAAAAGUUGAAGACCUCGCAGAAGUGGUUCCCGAGAUAAAAAAAAGAUGGGAGGAAAGAAACGUAGGGGAUGGCCGCAAUAACCAUACGAAGCCUUUGCAGCAACACCCCAGUCAGAAUAAAGCCGUAGCUGAUCAACCCGCAUCAAAGACAGAACCUAGUUAUGUGGAUGAUGAUGAUUGGUCUGAGUAA